AUGGCGAAAGCAGUUGCUUCUUCCUUCAGACGCCUCUCCACGCAAUUCACAAUGCGCGUUUUCUCCACCACCACUUCCGCCGCCGGUGCGCUGUCAAAACCUUCACCCCUCACUACCCGUCGUUAUAUCCUCCCUAUGUCCCAAGCCAUACUUCAGUCUCUUACUCCGACAGCCCAUUUCAGAGUCGGCCGCGCCGGUUACUCGUCCUAUUCGCCGUUAAACUCGGGUUCCUCCUCCUCUUCCUUCAGCGACCGACCUCCUACUGAGAUGGCCCCACUCUUUCCUGGUUGCGAUUACAAUCACUGGCUCAUCGUUAUGGACAAGCCCGGCGGUGAAGGUGCUACCAAGCAACAAAUGAUUGAUGCUUACGUCCAAACCCUCGCCAAAAUUCUUGGAAGAUACAAGACUCUUGUUUUUAACAUUUAUAUUGAAAUGUCUUCUGGAAAGGAAAUUAUUGUCAUAUUGUUCUUCUUCUAG